AUGUUGAACGCAUCAAUACGUGACCCACAUGUAUUAGAUGCAUUUCGACACGUAGACAAUCGCAUUGGUGAUCAAGAUGAAAAUCAACCACAUUACGGGCCACAUUUUGAUAAAACAGCAUCAAAAAACGUUACAGCUCUAUUAGGAAAAACAGCAUAUUUGAACUGUCGUGUAAAAAAUUUGGGCAAUAAAACGAAUGCUCACCAAGUAUCAUGGGUUCGACAUCGUGAUGUACAUUUAUUAACAGUUGGUCAAUACACAUAUACAUCGGAUCAACGUUUUCGUGCAAUUCAUAUACCAGCCACAGAUGAUUGGACAUUACAAAUUAAAUAUCCACAACAUCGUGAUACUGGUAUAUAUGAAUGUCAAAUUAGCACAACGCCACAUUUAAGUCAUUUUGUGCAUUUAACUGUUGUUGAACCAACAACAGAUAUUCUAGGUGGUCCUGAAAUGUUUAUUGAUAAAGGCAGUACAAUAAAUUUAACAUGUAUUGUAAAUGACAGCCCUGAACCACCUGCCUAUAUUUUUUGGAAUCACAACGAUGCUAUAAUCAGUUAUGAUAGUCCACGUGGUGGUGUUAGUGUUAUGACCGAAAAAGGUAUAACAACACGCAGUUUUCUAUUAAUACAAAAUGCACGUCCAAGUGAUUCUGGACGCUAUCAAUGUAAUCCAUCCAAUGCCCAAGUACGAAGCAUUUCAGUACAUGUAUUAAAUGGUGAACAUCCCGAAGCGAUGCAACACGGGGGCGAUUGUCAUCAUCGAACAUCACACAUUUUAUGUCUACUAAUCGCCGCUUGUUGGAUUCUUUUUAAAACAUAACCAUCAAUUAGACCGCC